CAAAGGAUCCCCCCAUCUCCUUUCCAGGUACAGUGACGACUCCUGCGGCAGCCACGGGGUCUGCCCCCUACCCUGAUUCUCCAAAGGGCACAUGCCCCAUUCCAGGACACGGAGCUCAAGCCAGGCAGCAAUGCUGGGAGGACAGCCGCCAGGAGUGCCCCACGCAGGGUCGAGGCCAAGCGCCGGGCGGGGACAGUGACUGGCAGGGCGCGGACACAAUACAAGUGGUAACGCACGUGGGCGAGUCCGGAUUGCAGUCUAUCAGGGGACCACUUAGCACUUAACAGUUUAGAGAGCUUCACGCCCCGAAUCUCAUUGGAGCCUUUGCCAAAGCCCUGCCCAGGGCCACCGAUGCCCCCAUUUCACAUGUGAAGAAGAAGAAACCGAGGCUCAGACGAGCUUCAAGUCCCGGCAGGAACGAGUGACAGCGUCGGGACUAGAAACCGACCCUCUGCGGCCCGGCUGGCUCCCGAGCUCCUCCUCCGACCCUCCCUCUUCCUCGGACCCUCCCUCCUCCACGCCGUCCCCUGCUGCCACGCGCCUCGUCGCAACUGCAGGGCUCCCGCCCCUUUCCCUCUGCCGCGGGCCUCCAGGACGUAGGGUACCGGCCCGCCGCUGGCCGCACCGCUGCGGGUGGGCCCGGCCCGGGCGCCCUGACCAGGCACCAUGGACUGGAAGACGCUCCAGGCCCUGCUGAGCGGGGUGAACAAGUACUCCACCGCCUUCGGACGCAUCUGGCUGUCGGUGGUGUUCGUCUUCCGCUUGCUGGUGUACGUGGUGGCCGCCGAGCGCGUGUGGGGGGACGAGCAGAAGGACUUUGACUGCAACACCAAGCAGCCAGGCUGCACCAACGUCUGCUACGACGAGUUCUUCCCCAUCUCCAACAUCCGCCUCUGGGCCCUGCAGCUCAUCUUCGUCACGUGCCCGUCGUUGCUGGUCAUCCUGCACGUGGCCUACCGCGAGGAGCGCGAGCGGCGGCACCGCCAGAAGCACGGCGACCAGUGCGCCAAGCUGUACGACGACGCCGGCAAGAAGCACGGCGGCCUGUGGUGGACCUACCUGCUCAGCCUCGUCUUCAAGCUCGCCAUCGAAUUCCUCUUCCUCUACGUGCUGCACACGCUCUGGUACGGCUUCAGCAUGCCGCGCCUGGUCCAGUGCGCCAACGUGGCCCCCUGCCCCAACAUCGUGGACUGCUACAUCGCCCGGCCCACCGAGAAGAAGCUCUUCACCUAUUUCAUGGUGGGCGCCUCCGCCGUCUGCAUCGUGCUCACGGUCUGCGAAAUCUGCUACCUCAUCUUCCACAGGAUCGUGCGAAGCAUUUCCAGGAAGAAGACUGCCCGCAGCCGCAGUCCCCGAUCCUCCGCCAGCCGGGCCUCCACCUGCCGCUACCACCACAAGCUGGUGGAGGCUGGGGAGCUGGGCCUGGACUCUGGCGAUGACAAGCUGCGAGCUUCAGCACCCAGCCUGACCCCUAUCUGACCACGGGCAGCGAAGCCAUCCUGGGGCUGCCAGUGGGGGUGCCGGUGGAGGGGUCCUACAGGUGCUGGGUGCCCCGACUCCUUGAAUCCACUAAGCUAUCCAAUUUCGUUUUUAGCAGAUUUUUUUUUUU